UUUCUUCCUGUCACAAACGCAUGUAGAGCGGGUGAGAGCGAGAGAGCAGAUUAAGCUGAAACAACACAAGAUCGUGGAGCAAUUGAUUUUUUUUUCUUCUCCAAACGAGCUUCACGAGGAAAUAAAAACAAGAACGACUUCGGUAUUUGGAACGAAAGUAUUGCGUAUUGAUAACGCAUUUGUCAAGGACUUCCCUUGUUUGCUGAUGAAAUAUAAAAAGAACGGAGCCAGUGGAAAUACAAUCUGAAAACUCCAUUAGCCUGGCUGAACAUUGCUAUUGCCCAGUGAGAGAAAUACACGAGAGGACUUGAACUCCGCGGUGCUUAUAGCGCUGGGACCUCUGGAGAUUGACAUUUGUCUGUAAAACCAAUACAGCCUCUGCUGAUCACCUUACAUUUUCAACGCAGUCCUCACAUCAUUCAACCAUUACGUUUCAACGAGGCAAAACAGUUCCAUAACAGGUUCAACAGCUUCCUGAAAACUAUAAAGACACCAGAAAAAAAAAAGCUUUGCAUUUGCCAGAUGGUUAUGAGGUGCCGUUUGCAGUCAGGUGAUCUUACAAUACAAGACCAUGGUGAACCCAGGCAGCAGUUCCCAGCCUCCCCCAGUGGGUGCGGGGUCCCUCUCUUGGAAAAGGUGCGCAGGCUGCGGGGGCAAGAUCGCAGACCGCUUUCUCCUCUACGCCAUGGACAGCUACUGGCACAGCCGCUGUCUCAAAUGCUCCUGCUGCCAGGCACAGCUGGGAGAGAUUGGCACAUCCUGCUACACCAAAAGCGGCAUGAUCCUUUGUAGAAACGACUACAUCAGAUUAUUUGGAAACAGUGGAGCCUGCAGUGCGUGUGGACAGUCUAUUCCAGCAAGCGAGUUGGUUAUGAGGGCGCAAGGCAAUGUCUAUCAUCUCAAGUGUUUCACAUGUUCUACCUGCCGGAAUCGUCUGGUCCCGGGAGACAGGUUCCACUACAUCAAUGGCAGUUUGUUCUGCGAACACGACAGACCCACCGCUGUCAUUAACAGCCACUUGAAUUCGCUUCAGACUAACCCUCUACUGCCAGACCAAAAGGUCUGUUAAAAGGAAUGGAGCCGUGCCAGCAAGCAGCAGGAUGCGUGUCUUCAUCUCAGACCUGGCCCGUCGUCGCCGGUGGGCCCCCACUCUGGUUCUGCAGCGAGUCACCUUUCCGGCCGGUGUCUUGGCCACCUCCAGCACCCCAUGCCAUUGUAUUUCCCUUUUUUUACUCUUGACUGCCCUUCUCUCGAGUCUGUUCCUGCGUUUACGUGACUGAGGAGGAACAUUAAGGACUCCGUGAACCUGGACUAAUGGGAGACUGUGUACAGAAAAUGAGAAUUAAAAAAAAAAAAAAAAAAACCCAGGGGGGAAACUAAAAAAAAAAAAAAAAAAAAAAAAAAGACAAAUGAAGCUAAUUAAGAGCAGCUUUUCCAAUCUGCAUCGUUCCUCCGUUAACAAUUAGCAGGGUGAUGACCGCAGUUUAUACCCUGUACUCUACCUUCUUUACAACCUUCUGUUUGCUCUUAGUAUAUCUUAAGUGUUGUAAAAGAAAUGUCUUUAAUUUUGAAAAAAAAAAAUAGACUGUGGGAUAAAGAGAUCUGUGGCUUUUGUGGAAAUCUAUCAUAAACACUUUUUUGGUGUAACUCUGUAAAAUGCCAUGUAUGUAUGCAUGCAAGUGUUUUUAUUGUCCCAAUGUUGCUACCCCUUCUCCCCCAACCCCCAACCUAUAAACACCCUCCACAGCGCAAAUCUGAAGUUCAUUGCAGAUAAAAUGUAGAGAUUUUCACCAACCUAUAAAUGCUGAAUGAAAAAUAAAUCUAUUUGUGAUAUUUUCAGAGA